UUGUACUUGGGAGACUCCCGGCAAAAAUCCAAAAGCGAGUUCUAGCGAGUACUUCUUUCCUCCAGUAUCUAUUAAUUUGUGUUAUUUUGUGUCCGCCCGACACAACCGGUGCCGCCCAGCAGCAAGAUGUGGCCCUUGAUCAUGCAAUUCCUUCGUUCAAACGCCGCGUACAUCACCCUCCCCGUAGCGGCGGUAGUCGGCGUGAUCGGAUACAACAUCGAGAGCCUUCUCUCGGACAAGUACACUCCGUACAGCGCCUCCAUUCAGGAGAAACGAGCGGAACGUAUCACGCAGGAGGAGCGGCUAAAGGAUGCGACGCACGUCGAGAAACUCGUGUACAAAGAGAACGUGCUGGGCCGGAACCUUUCGCCUUCGUUGCAGAAAGAGAAAUGAUGAGCUGCGGAAGGGUAGUCCUGUUCGUUAAUAAACGUGUUGUUACUUAUCAA